AUGGCUCAAGAUUACGAAGGUGGUGAUUAUGGUGAUGAUGAUAGUGGUGAUUAUGGUGAUGAUGUUGAUCGUGAUUAUGGUGAUGAUGUUGAUCGUGAUUAUGGUGAUGGUGUUGAUCGUGAUUAUGGAGAUGAUGUUGAUCGUGGUUAUGGUGAUGGUGUUGAUCGUGAUUAUGGAGAUGAUGUUGAUCGUGGUUAUGGUGAUGGUGUUGAUCGUGAUUAUGGAGAUGAUGUUGAUCGUGAUUAUGGUGAUGAUGUUGAUCGUGAUUAUGGAGAUGAUGUUGAUCGUGAUUAUGGUGAUGAUGAUGAUGAUGAUGGUGAUGAUGAUAGUGGUGAUGAAGGUGAUGAUGAUGAUCGUGAUGAAGGUGAUGAUGAUGAUCGUGAUUAUGGUGAUGAUGUUGAUCGUGAUUAA